GCGGUUCUGAAUCUCGGUUCACGGCCACGGCCAGCGCUGCAGUCUCUGCUCUUCUCUCGCCGGUCCGGAGAUGGGUCACUGACCCUUGCACGGUGAGUGCAGAGGAGCCCGGGGCUGCGGUACACCGGCGGACGGCGCCGCGUGCAAUCUCGGUGACCAGCAGUCGGCUCUCAGCGGUGCACUCACUUCUCGGUGGUCAGUGGUCAGAAGAGACUGGUGUGUGGAAGGCGCAGUGGUACGGGCUGGUCUGGAGCUGUGAAUAUCAUGAGAUGACAGAUGGCUUGAAGUGAUGUGACGACCGAUCGAGAGAGGAAAGGGUCCAUGCGCCCGCGGCAAGCUGCAGAAACUCUGGGUAUCUCGUCGUGUGCUGGUGAUCUGAAGUGAAGGCAGCUGUCUGGUGAGCUGCAACAGCUCGGUGUUGAGACGGCUGUAGCUGCUCCAGCCCGAUGGCCGUCGGGCUGAAACGACAGCAGAAGCUGUUUUACGCUGUUUGUGGACUGGCUGUGCUGGGAUUUAUUUGCACCGUCCGACUAAGCUCAGAUCGUGUGCCGGUCAGCGGGUGGCCGUCUGUCGGCUGCCUGCGGAUCCUGCAGCUGGGCUCCUCGCUGCUCGGCUGCGUGGACCACCACUUCCACGCCAUUCGAGACCCGUGUCACUCAGACUCCCAGACCGCCGAGCAGGCGAGCGACUGUCUGCGGCGGCGCGCGGCGCGACUGGGACGGCCGGCGCGGCUGGUCCUCAUCGGCGACUCGCGCAGUCGCAUCCUGCAGGAGCAGCUGAGGGAGUUCGUCCACCUCUCCAACGGGCCCAAGCCGGAGGACGUCAGCGCCGCGGACGUGCCGCCCGGCCCGCUGCACGACUUCCAGCUGUUCGCCACGCGCGACAUGUGUCCGAUCCGCGGCAAAUUCUGCAGCAACAUCCUCACCAGUGACGUGCUGAGUGUCGAGUUCUGGCGCAGACCGUUCCUCUACACACUCUUCGUGCAGAAACUGCGCGCGAUAGCGACCGAGUGCCGCGAGAAGCCGCCGGCCUGUCCAGAUCUCGUGGUGCUCAACGGAGGCCUCUGGUACAUCCAGAUGCGCAUCCAGCAGCUGGUGGUGAUCGAAAACUCGUCUACCGCCUGGAUGAUCAAGCUGGGCGAGCACGUGACAGAGCUGCGCGCCGUGCUGCGCGAGCUCUCCGAGCUAGUGACGGUCGUCUGGAGGCUCGAAGAGGCCAUCACCUCAGAUGCCCUCGGUCUCGGCAAAAAGGAUAUGGACUAUCAGAAAAGGAUAACCGCGUCGCACCCGUUCUUCUACGAGCUUCAAAGACAGGUCCCUCGGCUGGCGGUGUGGUCCUCGAUGCUGCCAGAGACCAUGGACGUAGCGCAGCGGGUCUGCAGGCCCGUGCGACAGCUGAACGUCUCCACAGACGCCGUCAUUGAGGACACGUUCGACCAGUGCGAGGACGAGAUCCACGCGGGGCCGGCGCUGCGUCAGCGCUUCAUCUCCAAACUGCUGGACAUUCUGUGUGAGGUGGAUGGAGAUAGGGAGCCGGGUCACUGCUGCAGGGGAUGACAGAGGAAGCGGGUGGGAAAUUGUGACCGAUGGUAAUGUGUUGAAUGGUGUGGCUUUCAUUGUACUGCAUAACGAGUCAACGACGCUGCUAAAGAUGUUUCCAUUUAAGGAAAUAUUCCGCCAACAUCUCAGACGGCGACGGGCGAAGAUCGUUCUGAGCUGUGAUGACUUCUUUGGGGAGAGAGGACGACCCUUUCAGCUUUUCGACCAUUUAGAGCCCCGAGAUGAGAGAAGAGGAAAUUGGAUUGGUUUGAACAUCCAGCAGUGCGCUGUUGUGGCCGAGUCCGUCCCGUUGGGACAGUGGGACGGGCCUCUCAGCCUCUCAGUCUCUCGGGGGGGGGGGAAUGCUCCUUCUGAAACUGCCUUCACCGUGCCGGCUGCCUGGGUUAGCCGUCGUCCUAAAGCAGGGACUAGGGAGGAUGAUCACUGAUCAGUGCUGCCUAAAGAUGGACAGUUCUGGGAAUAAAGGGAAUGACGUGUGUAAUGAUGCCGAUGUCGUUUCCUGUUGAAUGCUGCCAGGUAACCAUGUAGCAUGUUAUGAGAACGUCUGCUGUUAUCGUAUGUUAAAGUGAUGGUCAUGCUCAUUGCUCAAUAUACAACAAAUAAAUGCCAACGAAAUAAA